AUGAAUUUUUCGAAUAAAGUAAGCAAAAUUAUAGAGUAUUGUAUUCGAUUUAUUUAUCAUUUAAAAACAAGAUUUUCAGAUUACAUAAUUUUGCAAAAUGGCAUCCAUCAUCAUCAUCAUCCAACGCGACCAAUUCGAAUCAUUCAACAUUGUCGUUUGUUACAUCAGACAUCGCAUAAUAAUAAUGAUAACAUCUUUCAAACGAAACGAAAAAAGUCAAAUAGAACUCCAGCCGAUGAUCUAGGAGAAUGGAUUCCAAUCUAUAGAUUUCCAUAUAUUGUGCCAUGUAGAAUAAUUUCACGUGCAAAACUUCAUAUGACCAUAAUGAUGACAACCAUUUUACCAGCUAGUUAUUUUAUUGGUGCAGAAUCAUACAAUACAUCAGAUUUGAUGAUGAUGACCGGUAUAUCAGCAUUUUCUUUGACAUUAUUAUAUGGAUUUGGACAAAUUUUUCGUCGUCUAAUUGGCUCCAUCUAUGUAUCGCCGGAAAAAAAUCUUGUUCGAAUAUCACAUCUAACAUUUUUUGGUAAUCGUGUUGAAAAGAUUCUUCCACGUGAUAAUUUAUUACUAUUAUCCGAUUCGAAUGCGAAUCUAAACGACUUGUUAUUACGUGUUUCACCAAUGGAUCAAAAUGAAUUGAAAGAUUCAUUGUACAUAUGUUUAAAAUAUGGUGGCAUUUUAGAUGUUGAAAAAUUUGCCAAUGUUUUCGGCACCAUUUGAUUGAUUAAAAUUGGAUCAAUACCAAUACACAUUUGUAUAUUGAAUAAAGAGAUUUUCAUUUCA